UGUUUCUUACAUUCACAUUAGAAGACGAGAUUGGUUUCCAUUAUGGGAUAUCCAAAUACAAGAGUGUUUUUAUAUUUUUCAGCCUUUACGGUUAACCUAAUUAGCAUCAACACAGGAGCUGUUUUUUCAUGGACAUCCCCAACAAUACCAAAACUGUACAGCAAUAACACCGAUAUAAAUCCUCUAGGACAACCAAUCACAACUUCGGAAGAAUCUUUAUUAGCAUCUCUACAAACUGCUGGAGCUAUAAUAGGAACUAUAACCGGAGGCAUGAUGGCUGAAAGCUUGGGUAGAAAAAUAACUUUAGUUAUUAACAGCCUAUGUUUUGUUGUAUCUUAUGUAAUAUUCAUAUUAUCAACUAAUAUUAAAUAUUAUUAUGUUGGUAGGUCGUUAACAGGCUUAGGUGCCGGUGCUAUUUUAUCUGUAUUACCUAGUUAUGUUGGAGAAAUUUCUGAAAAUUCAAAUCGGGGAAGGACGGGAUCCCUUCAAGGAAUAAUGGGCGGUAUAGGGCACUUAAUGUGUUUUGGAAUUGGUCCUUUAGUAACUAUUUCAACGUUUUCUUAUAUCCAGUUAAUACCUGCAGUUAUUUUUCUUUUUGUUUUCACUAUUUUUAUACCCGAAAGUCCAUACUAUUUUCUUGCUAAAAAUGAUGAUGCUAACGCACUAAGAAGUCUAAAAAAACUACGCAAGGGUUCAAAUGAUUACAAGGAAUUGUUAUAUUUAAAAGAAGUUGUUAAUGAAAAGAAAAACACCAAAAUGAAUUGGAGUGAAUUGGCUUUACCAGCUACUAGAAAUGGACUCAUAGUAUCUUGUGGGAUACUAAUAUUGCAGACAUUUACAGGCAUUCCUAUAAUAUUGUUCUAUUUGCAACCUAUCUUAGACGCAAGUGGCAAUGUUAUUCCAUCAAAUUUAGCUUCACUUAUCAUAGGCUUAGUGCAAAUUUUUUCUUCUAUAUUUUCAGGAUUCUUAAUUGAUCGUGUAGGUAGAAAAAUACUGCUAAAUAUAUCAUCAACAGGUUGCUCCGUAUCACUGGCAUCUUUAGGUUUAUACUUUUUCCUUAAAGAACGGAAUUGCAAUCUGGAUUCAAUAUAUUGGUUACCAUUAGCAAGUUUGAUUAUUUUUUAUUUUCUUUUCAACAUAGGUUACGGUCCCAUUCCAUGGGCGAUAGGUGGUGAAUUAUUUGCUAGUAAUGUUAAAUCAGUAUGUGUUAGUAUUUACGGUUUUAUAGGACUUCUUGUUAAUUUGGCAGUAGCUGCAAGUUUUCCGUUUGUUAGAGAAAUUUUUGGAUUAAGCAAUGUUUUCUUUGUCUUUAGCGGUUUGGCAGCAUCUGCAUCUCUUUUCGUUUGCUUGGUUGUUCCAGAAACGAAAGGAAAAAGUUUUGAAGAAAUACAAAAUGAUCUUAGUGGUGGAAAACAAAAUAAAUAG